AUGCCAGGUAAUAAAAGACCAGAAGUUUUCAAAAAAAUAACGCUAAUUGAACAUAUUCACAAUAUAUUCAUGAACAUGUUUUUACCCUGGUGUACAGCUUGAGUGAAUAUUGGAACAUCUCUACACACAUUUAAUGUUAUUUCAUUAUAUUUUUCAGCAUUCAUGCACACAGAAGGAAGAUAAAUCAUUAAGGGUGUCCUUGAAUAGCAAAGAAAGGUAGCUGUCUGUGUGUGAAGGCUUCUUUUGGUAAGAAGGUGGAUUUAAAGGUUAAAUCUUUGCCUUCUUGUAAGUUUGGUUGGGAGCCAAAUCCAAUAAGCAACAAUCAGCUUGCAUCUGUGUAACAUGUCUCUCAGGGCUUUGGAAGAGUCCACUACGAUAUCUGCUGCUUCAAACACUAUGAAGUGUCCAUUGUCGAGGUCCAGUUUUUCUUGUAGGUCUUUCCAGUGCAGUUAUAAAAAAUGGUCAGUACAUAUUUAAUAUGCUGUUUUUUGUUUUAAUACAAAGUAUAUGAUCAACAGCAACCUUAGUAUCUCUUGCUUGUAUCUAUAUUUAAUACAGAAAAAUAAUAGAGUUAUAUAUUUUUAUGGCAUUGUAAAAGUCUGCAUAAAAUAUUUGGCCCAGUAAUCAAUAAUCGAACAAAUGAUAAAUUUUAAUGAAGCACUGUAUCAUUGGGUUACUCUUGUAUUCUGUAUAGCUUUGACCCUUUUCAGAAACAUUUUUGUAGCAUGUUUAGAAGUUUAUAGAAGCAGGUGCUGUACAGCUGUAUUUGCAUUUCUGCCCCUAAGGUAUUUGCCACUAUUUGGACGUAUAAAAACAAAAUGGCUGGCUUAGCGAAGCAUCUGAUACUAAAAUGAUCUGAGGAUCAUAGUCAUAGCACAGUUGAAAAAAUUGUUGCAGUUGUGUUUUAAUUUCAGUAACCUAGUGCACAGCAGAUAAAGAUUUAUCAAUGAAAGAUAUUUCCUUUGCCCAUAGUGAUCAAGCAUACUCUGAAAAGAUUAAUAGAUAUGGACUGGAUGCUCAAUGCUAUGUAAUGGCCAGAGUUUUCCAUAUACAACAUCUGUAUAUGCACAUGGAGUUAAAACUGUUAGCUUAACUUGCAUGGUGGUUGAAGCUUUUUCGGAAACAAAUGCCUGUGAGCUGCAUUCAGGCUUUAAGAUUUUGGCCAAAGUAUUUACAACUGGGUUGAGAAGGGUUUUACAUUGUCUACUGAGUGAGAAUUAGUGCUUAUUCAAGGACUGAGCUUGAGUUUUGUUGUGGGUUUGCUUUCAAGACAGAUGUCCAUUUAUAAACUACCCUUGCUGAUUUGAGCAAAAGAGGCUUGGCAAAUCAGGCAAAGGCCCAUCUAGUCUAACAGCCUGGUCUCACAGUAGCCAACCAAAUGCCUAUAAGAAGCCCACAAGCAUGUCCAGCCACUGGUAUACAGAGGCAUAAUGGCUCCUACAGGGGAGACAGAACAUAGACAUCUCGGCUAAUAGCCAUUGAUAGCCUUAUCCUCCAGCUAAGUGGAUGGUCAUCGUACAUUGUGGGGAAAUGAAUUCCAUAUGCACUGAGUGAAAAAGUACUUUCUCUUGUCUAUCUUGAAUCUCCCAACAUUCAGCAUCAUUGAAUGGCCCCAAGUUCUAGUGUCAUGACCAAUAAAAUUGCUGUGUUUGUGUGAUUUGUUAGCAGAUAGCCUGCCUUCUCACAUACUUUUUACCACGCGAUUCAUUUUGUACCACAAAGCUAUCAUGGGAAGUGCCAAGUUAUGUGGGAAGGGUAUGGAAACGGGAAUACUGGUGUGAAGAUGAACGAUAUACAGCACGGGUUCCACCAACGUGGUCUUAGGUUUCAGAUUGUAUCUUUUCAGUGUGGGAAAGAGCCACACUACAGUAGCUCCCACACUGCAGAGGUGAUUAGCAGAACACAAGAGUUUGUGUGUACAUGAACCUUCCAUUCAUUUCAGUGGAUCCAACAGAUCCACAUAUGCAAAAUAAUGGGCAAAGAUUUACUACCUCCUUUUAAGAAUAGGGCAGGUCUUGUGGAUGGGAUUUCUCCCUAUCUGCUCUGGAGUGGACUGAAGGCUGGUUGUGAUCUCUGGGAAAUUGGCAAGGUUGUCUGAUUCUCAGAUAACUGAUAGCAGUAACUAACAGGUUCCCCCCCUCUGCAACACCUAAGUUAAGCUUCUGAAGCAAAGCCUGGGUGGGAGACCAAGAGUGAACAGAGGUGCCUUGUCAUUAUUUCUGAGCACUCGUCCUCCCUCUUGAACCACUAUUUUGCAUCUGGCUCUGGUUGGUGAACCUCGGCAUGCUAGUAAAAGAAGCAAAGUUGAUCCUGCAGGCCUUAAGACUGCUCACCUCUGCACUACAGCUCCUGCACCCAUUGAAACUCUCUGGAUCAAGGUGUAUAUAUGCAUGUGCAAUAGGUCUGUUUAUAGGCACAAAUCUGAUGCUGGAAUUACAGCUACUAACAUGACAUCUGCUGCAACUUUAUUUGUAACAGUACAGGGAAAAGAAGAUAAAUAAUUCCAGAUGAAAGGGCUAAACAUAAUAUAAAACCUAUUGUUCUCCAUUACUAAUUAUGGGAUUACAAGGUGUGCAAUGUAGAGAUGCUUAUAUGAAAUUGACAGAAAAUAGUGUAAAAAUCCUGACAGUUCGCAGCUUUAAUUCAUUUAAUAAAAAACAUUCUGUAUAAAUUGAGGAUGACAGCAACCCAAGAAAUGAACCCAUAAUCCACUUGUACAAAUUAAUCUCUGAUUAUAUUUCAUCCAUUCGUCGUGAUUUUUUUUCAGUUUCCUCCCAAUGCUGUCACUGUUGAUUCCACUGGAAAUGGCAGACAAGUAAGGACUGGACUGUAUGCUACUUUAUGUUUCAGAGAAAUCCCCAGGCUCACUGAAGAUCUUCCUAGAUUUCUUCCACUGUAGCAGAAAUAUUGUCCUUGAUGUUUUUUUAGUGCCAUUGAAGUCAGUUAUAAAAUUGUACAUGUUUUUGAUUUGCCCUCUUCUCCUCCACCUCCUCCUCCUCCACCACCACCGCCGCCGCCUCCUGCUGCUGCUGCUUCAGCUAAUAAAAAGCAGAAAGCAAAGGGUUAUUGA